CCACCACGCCCCUAUCACCCUCCUACCACCGCCAUGGCCGCGCCAAUUGUCUACGACGAUGUUGCUGAUGGCGCAGACCUCGAGGGGCAAUUGUUCGCCGGCAAGAAGUUCUGGGUCGCCCAGCGCUGUCCAUUGCGAAACUACUAUCUGAAUCUCAUCAAGAGCAACGGCGGCCAGGUCGUGAUGCUAGAAAAGCUGGCCGACUAUCUGAUUGCAGACCAUCUUCGGAAAGACUGUCCUCCAGGCAGCAUAUCGUACAUGUUCCUUGAUAAAUCAAUCAAGAAGGGCGAGCUUGACGACCCGGAGAAGUAUCCUGCAGGACCACCGAUAGGCAAGGCACGCGACGCGGGUUCGAUUAGGCCUUCGAAGGGGGUACGGACGUCGUACACAGCCGAAGACGACAGAGUGCUGUACAGGUGGGUCCAGGACCACUUGAAGCAGGGCGGCUCGGACGCCGGGAAUGAGCUAUACAAGCAGCUGGAAGCAAGGAACCCCCGCCAUACGUGGCAGUCCUGGCGUGACCGCUAUAUCAAGCAGCUGCGCGAUAGACCUCCGUCAGCAUUCAACAUUCCUGAGAAUGCGCCUCCCUCGCCUCCUUCAGAUCAAUCGGCUGGACAAAUGCCUCCAGACCGAACAUCCCCCGAGAAGGGGAAGAAGCCCGCUCAGCGUAAAACCAGAAAGCAUCAAGCCAGGAAGGAUCAACCUUCUCCCGAGCAAACAACCCUCGCCGACCCAAGCGGAAGAAAUCAUGACCCCGCCGUUGACGACUUAGAAGCACUGUUUAGCAAGCGGGAUUGGGAGGACCUCUAUGCCAAUGUACAUCUCAUCAGCAGCGUUACUAUCGCAGAAUAUCUUACCGCUUGGGAGGGUUGGGCAGGUGGAACCACGCAGACUGCUGACCAAUGGAAGCAAUACUUUGAGAAGGUGGUGCUUCCACAGUGGAAGCAAGAUCCAGAAUGGAAGCGAGAAAAGAUUAAAAACGAAUUCAUCGAGAGGCAGGCAAGGGAGAGCAAAGAGAAAGGAGAAGAGGCAGAGGCAGAGGCAGAAAUGUCGGGUCCGUCGACAUCUCAAGCCGGCAGCUCGAAAGCAGUCCUAGAACAAGGUGAAGCUAGUUCGGAAGAUGCUCUUAUUGAGAAAUUCCUCAAAACCCGGAAAGGGAAGGCCGUCGCCACCGCAUAUCAAUUCUUCGCGAGAGAGAGGAAAUGGGUUGUGUGGGAGGAUAAACCAGGACUUGAUUAUGUUGGCCUUCACGAAAUUCUACAUCCUUGGUACAAAGCGCUCUCAGAAGAAGACAAAGCACCAUACCUCACCAUGGAAGCUGCUGACCGAAAGCGCUUCGAGAUCGAGAAUAAACUCUCGCCACAGGCAAUGAAACGGAUACGUGCUCUUGAGGACGAGCUAGAUGAACCUCCAGAGGAGCACAAUUCGUCACCUCACCCAUCCAAGCGACAAAAGCAGCUGAGCUCCCCGCUUACUAAACGGGGACAUCCUAAGCCAGCUCAAGGAUUAGGGACACAGAUUAAGCCGCUCGAAAUCUCUUCGGGCGAAGGCUCUUCGUCUUCUCAGGACAUGGAAAACCAGCCCCAACCAAAGGAUUACAACACGGAAGACAUAAUCCAAGCCGAACUUCGGACCCAAGACAUCACAGAGGAAGACGAAGAACUUUAUGAUCCUGAUAGACCAACCCCCACUACCGAAUGUGAUGACGUCCAAAUGCCUCCUGACACGCAAGCUCUUAGGCCAGUAUUUUCCGACCAAUUACCCUCCAACACACCAACACCACGAGCUCCCCGCCACAAACCGGCCGCCUUCAAUACCCAGGCCAUUCUCUCUUCACCCACCCAAGGACUCUCAUUCACCGCUCUCCCAAAACCACAACCUGAAUCUCGAAGUCCAAGCCCAUCGAUACAAGCCUCCCCCCUAACCAGACACGUUAACUCAAUAUCAGCCUCCCACUCCCUACGCGAAUUCCGUCACUCUAUCAACUCCACUAGCGAACCCCACUCCCACGCCUUCGCCCCUGUCCCCUGUCCCCGCGAACCCUCAACCGCACCUUCCGAAGCCUCAUCAGCAGGGUCCGGAGACCCUGAUCCCCCGCUCGAUGCGGUCGAAAUCGACGAGUUCUUCUCAGAACAGCAUGGUGAGGGCUUCACGGAUGCCGAAAUCGCCGCGGCACUGAAACACACGCGUUGUCGCCCGCUUCUUGCGAUGGAGGUCCUGGAUGCAUGGAAAGACGACAAGCCGUUGCCGGAUCGUAGGGGCGUGUGGAGUAAGGAGGAUGAUGAGAAUGUGGAAGGUGGGGAUGGGGUUGCCCUGGCAGAGUUGGAGAGGAAGCAUACGUGUGAUGGAUGGGGGGGAAUUACGGAGAGGUUGAGGUUUUUGGAACAGGCGAGACGGAAGAGGUAGCUGAUGGUUGGGAGAAUUGUAGCAAGGGGGAAGAGAGGUUGGUGGUGAAUUUCAUCGGUCCUCAGCAUCCGGUGCUCGGAGGGCUUGGGCUAGGAGUGGAAUUAUGUGAGUUGUAUGCGUGUGUGGUGUAUGGGACUUAACCGCCUAAGACGUGCUUUGAAG